AUGUACAGUGAUAGUGAAAGUGACUUGGAGUUGGAAGUGCUAGAACAGCUUUCAGAUUGGGAUGAUGACGAACUUCUUCCGGCGCCUCGUAAAAGUUUUACGCGGAUCAACCACUUGCGCUUACUAAAUGAAGCUGAAUUUACAUUUAGAUUUAGAAUUAAUAAAACUGCGGUAGAGUUACUAUUAUCAGAAAUUAUGCCAUUUAUAAAAGUAACCUCAAAGCGAAAUAAUGGGGUUUCACCGCUUCACCAGUUAUUGCUGACUCUUCGAUUCUAUGCAUUAGGCACAAUGCUUAUUGCUGUAGGAGACUUUGCAGGGGUGUCAAAGUCAACAGCAUGCAGAAUUGUGCAAAAUAUAUCGAAAUCAAUUGCAAAGUUAUAUAACAAUUUUAAAAUUCAUAGCCUUGCGAUAAUUCCAAAUACAUACAUAUGUACAUGGAUUUUUAUCUCGCCUAUAUAUUUAUUCUUUACAGCUCAGUGUGACAUUGGGACCUUUGGCAACCGCUGGUUACUUGGUGAUAGUGCCUAUCCCAAUAGAGCAUAUUUACUAACACCAGUUUUAAAUCCAAGUAAUAGCUCAGAACAAAAAUACAAUGAAGCUCAUAUUGCAACAAGGAAUCUAAUUGAACGUACUUUUGGUGUAUGGAAGCGUCGUUUCCCAGUUAUUUUUUUGCCUCUGCGCUUGUCACUUGCAAAUGUUCAAGCAGUUAUAAUAGCAACAGCAGUUCUACACAAUAUCUGUAGAAAAUACAACAUGCAAGAAAUGCCUUCAGAAGUAGAGUUGCCAGCAAGCCUAGUAACAGAUCCUUCUGUUGCAGACACUCAAUCUCAAGCUCUGGGAUUGCAAGAUAUUGUUGAAAGGAAUGAGCUUAUAAAUGGAUAUUUUUCGACUUUAUAAGAGGAAUUCAAUAUAAUUGAUGAAUUUUUAGUUUCUAAUGUAUAAAUAAAGUAAAUAGUAUAAAUUAUUUUAA